UGCUCAAAUUUAUCAGCAUCUUCGAAGAUUUUUCCCAUAAUAGCCUCACUUCGUUUGGGGAGUGGAAUCUACUUUAUCAAAUUUAGUUGGAUAUAAAUGGGAUAUUUCUAACUUUUCAUUGAGAUUAUUGUUCUUGGUGUAUCAGAAAUGGGAACUUUCAUAAAGUUAGUCAAUUUCAAACUUUGUUUACUGAGUUUGGUUGCGUUAAGCUACGCCCAAGCAUCCAUUGUUCACAUUGAGGCUAACCCUGAUGCAAAACGUUUAUACGAUGAUCUAUUAAGUAAUUAUAAUCGCCUCAUACGGCCUGUGGUUAAUAACACGGAAACGUUAACAGUAUGGCUGGGGCUGAAACUGUCGCAGUUGAUAGAAGUUAGCCUCCGAAAUCAAGUGAUGACAACAAAUCUGUGGGUGAAGCAAAAGUGGUUCGAUUAUAAACUAAAGUGGGAUCCGGAGGAAUAUGGAGGUGUAGAAAUGCUUUAUGUCCCAUCCGAACAAAUCUGGUUGCCUGAUAUUGUCCUUUACAACAAUUGGGAUGGAAACUACGAAGUAACAUUGAUGACCAAAGCAACUCUAAAGUACACUGGAGAAAUAUUCUGGGAACCUCCUGCAAUUUAUAAGUCAUCAUGUGAAAUGAAUGUGGAAUACUUUCCGUACGAUGAACAAACAUGUCUCAUGAAAUUUGGAUCGUGGACGUAUAAUGGCGCACAAGUUGAAUUAAGACAUUUAGAUCAGGUGCCAGGCAGUAACUUAGUUCAAAUUGGUAUCGACCUUAGUGAAUUUUACUUAUCAGUAGAAUGGGAUAUUCUAGAAGUUCCGGCUAGUAGAAAUGAGGAAUACUAUCCUUGUUGUCCAGAACCUUUCUCAGAUAUAACAUUUAAGCUCACGAUGAGACGAAAAACACUUUUUUACACAGUUAACUUGAUUAUUCCGUGCGUUGGAAUUACAUUCUUAACUGUUUUAGUUUUCUAUUUGCCAAGCGAUUCCGGGGAAAAGGUGACAUUGUGUAUUUCCAUUCUGGUGUCGUUGACUGUGUUCUUUUUGCUACUUGCUGAAAUCAUUCCUCCUACAUCGUUAGCCGUGCCAUUAUUAGGCAAAUAUUUAUUAUUCACUAUGAUACUGGUUUCUCUCUCUGUUUGGACGACCGUUUGCGUGUUGAACGUUUGGUACAGGAGUACUUCAACACAUAAAAUGUCGCCAAUAGUUAAAAGAUUAUUUUUGGAAAUCAUGCCAAAGAUUAUGAUGAUGCGGCGAGCGAAAUAUACGUUACCAGAUUACGAUGAUUCAACGCCGAGUAACGGGUAUACUAAUGAAAUUGAAAUGAGUAUCAGUGAUUUUCCUGGAGAAUUCAAGGAGGGUGGCGACAGCUUUGAUAACAUUGGGAUGAGUCUACCGCACGGUUCAGUCGAAAACGAUAACGUCAUACCGAAGCAAUUAUCACAGGAGGUGCUCUCUGCAAUACAGGCAGUAAGAUUUAUUGCCCAACACAUCAAGGAUGCUGAUAAGGACAAUGAGAUUGUUGAAGAUUGGAAAUUUGUUUCCAUGGUCCUAGAUCGAUUCUUCCUGUGGGUAUUUACAAUUUCCUGUAUAUUCGGCACAUUUGGUAUCAUCUUCCAAAGUCCAUCCUUGUACGAUACCCGGGCUCCAGUCGAUCAGCAGCUCAGUGAAAUUCCACUAAGAAAAAACAAUUUCAUGUUACCACCGGACAUAGUGCGUAUCACUUUGGAUUAAAUAUAACCAGAUCGUGAUGUCUUUAUGAGAAAUUGAAGUCCGGUUAGAAUGCUAAAAGUUACAUUGACCUUGCUUAUUCGUAUGCAAAAAAAAAUCAACGAUGAACGCAUACGAAAAUGUUUUUCACAAUGAUAAAUUUCUAGAAUUUUAGGAUAAAAAAAUAAAUGCUAUCUCAUAAUGACACGUAACACAUUGUUAUUGCCAACCAGCAUUUUAUCUAUCACAAUUCUGUACAAAAUCUUGGAACAUACAGGAGGCUGUUAGAGUGCUAGAUUCUUCACAAAAAACGUUUGCUUCUCACCCUAUAUCGCUAUAUCUUCUUACAUAUAUAAAAUGAGUUAAGCUUUACUCACGAACGGUUAAUCGAUCUUAUAAUAUAUUAAAAUUAUUUAUUUGGUUUAUGUUUCUAUCCGUGUGGAGGGAUUUUUUUUUAUUACUUUGGCAAAUCCAUCCGUUAUAAUCUCCAACGAGUUUAUAGGAUGUAUGUUCACAUGAAAAUAACGAUUUUUGAAUUUGAAAAUUGCAUUAGCAUGAAGAACGCAAAACCUUCUUCUUUAGUACAGGGCAAUGUUUGUAGAAUAACCAUAAAAUAAUGCGAUUCUGGAUUUUAAAUAAUGAUUGUAUACAUAAGAGUCUAGCAAAUUUUGAAUAUGUCAUAUGCCAUUUUUUUAGAUACUCCAAGGUUCUUACGCAGAACUUUAGGAAAACAUAGCAUCCGUUGGUUGGUAUUUCGCGACAUGUAGGUUUUCUUAUCUCAAAAGUGGAAUAAAUCAAUGAAUCGUAAAUAUUUUAUAAUUAUUACAAACGAAAUAAUGUAAAUUUGUUACAAGCAUGUUUAUAAUAAAAAAAUGAAAUGUUCCUACAAA